AUGCGAGACUUAGAUAAAACAAAUCUUAAGAAAUUAUCUAAGGCUGAAAAGAGACGGCGACGACGAGCAACACCGAAAUACCGGAAUCUGCACGCCACUCGUGAAAGAAUCCGCGUGGAGUCCUUCAACAAUGCUUUCGCAAAACUUCGUGCGCUUAUACCAACGCUGCCGAUGAAUAAAAAGCUCUCUAAAAUCGAAAUUCUCCGACUGUCCAUCUCCUAUAUAUCUUACCUCGAAAAGAUCCUCACUUUCUAG